ACUGUGCGUGCCUCAGUCAGGUGGUGGUGGUGACGAACAUCAGUACAGCAGAGGCGGCAGUGGUAGUAGCACCUCACAGUGUUACUGUUGUUGUAAACCUUGGUAGUUGUAGUGGUGGUGGUGGUAGUGGUAGUGUUAGUGUUAGUGUUAGUGGCAGUGGCAGUGGCUUUCAGUGCCAUCAUUGGUGGUGGAGACUGGUGGGUGUGGUGGGUAGUGGCAGUGGCCAGGGCGGGGCUUCCCUACACCACAUCACGGCCGUGGCCAUGGAAGGCCGGGUCUCAGACAUGAGACGCCCGGGAUCCUUAAGGGCGCGAAAGGCUUGGUCCACCUCCAGCGAGGAGGAAGUGAGCGGGGUGCCACAGUGGGCGAGCCGCGGGUGGCACAGCACGCCCAGCACGCCGGACUCCUCCAGGGUGGGGCAGGACAAGCCUUUGUUGAAGGCUGCGCUGCUGAAGAAAGCUGUGCGGCAGGGCACGGUGACGCUGCCCCUCAGCCGGGAAGACUCUGACCUUCUGGUGAACUUUCCGACCUUCCACAGCAUCUCCGUGGCCUCCGGCAGCCCGGUGUCUAGCCCCGUGGCCAGCCGCCGCCGCUGUUCCAGUGAAACCGGCUUGGCUUCAUCUCGCCCCCAAUUCACUUCACCACCACCAGUGAUUCAGAGGAGGAGGAGGAGGAGGAGGAGGUGCACCACAACCCUCCCGAAGGUUGGGGCUUAGGUGCUGACUUGACCUCAGGACAAGAGGGCGGCUCUCAGAAUGAGGGAGGCGCGAGCAGCGCGACAGAGUGGUCUUGGAGUCCUCAUCCUCACUCUCCGCCACCCUCUCCGCCGGAACCUCCGCAGGAAGACGUUGAAGCAGCGCUAACAAAGGCCUUGGAUGGAGGAGACGGCGGGCGCGGGAGACAUUGGAGACACACGACUAAUGCACGUGAAGAGCGGAACCUCAUGAGAAGUGUUGAGGACCCCACCGAGGAUGACAGCUCCGAGGAAUGGACGAUGCCAAGCAGCGACACAGCCGGCACGGGCGGUGCCGCCACCGGGACGGGUGGUGCCACCUCAGCCACAGGCGGGGAGGAGAGAUCCGCGGCCAGGCGGAGGAGGAGGAAAAGGAGAAAAAGAUUGAGCGCGAGGAAAAAGAACAGAAGGGGGAGUGUGGGCCUUGGGAAGAGACACGCUGCAGGCCUGAACAGCGGCGUGGCCAGUCGCGAUGUGGGUUCAUGGCGACGCAAGGACGGAAGGACAGGGACACCCAAUCACUCUGACACGAGUACCAGAAUUCUGCUAGACCUCAUCCAGGAGCUGGAGGCAGACAUUUUGCUGGAAGAGAGCGUGGAGGGCAGCGCCGGGGCGGGCUUGGGUGAGCCGGGGCUGGUGGCCGCCGCUGGUGUGUGCCUUAACGUGGCCCGCCGCCCGAGGCCCAGGGCGAGGAGUGGCGGGGAGGCUGGCAGGCGCAUGGGUGCCGUCUCAUCAGGCCUGCUGGCGGAGCUGACUCAAGUGCUGGACCGUCGGCUGCGAGAGCGACAGCGCGACCAUCCGCCGCCCGCGGCACCCCAGCCGGGCCUGGGCUUUUGGAGUUUGAUCUCAUCGACCUGCCCAAGCAGCCCGCUCCGGGACCCGCGCUUCCGGGAGCUGCUCCCCUGCCUCCGCCCGCACCCCAGCCUCUAUCCCUUCGCCCUUGACCUGGCCUCUCCCGAUCCGGAGGUGGAGGUGAUGGAGUCCUCUGUCGUCCUGCAGGACCUUGCGGAAGGGUACGCCAGGCAGGGACAAGAGGCGGCCCUGCCGGUGUGGCUGCAGCAAACACUCGAUCUCCUGCCAUCAGGAACAACCUGUGGCGGGAUGGACUCGAGCACGUGCCUGGAGCUGGCCCUGGAGGGGGAGCGGCUGUGCAAGGCUGGGGACUGCAGGGCUGGCGUGGCGUUCUUCGAGGCGGCCAUCCAGACGGGCACCGAUGACCUCCGCACGCUGUCGGCCAUCUACUCCCAGUUGGGCAACGCUUACUUCUACCUCGGGGAGUACGACAAGGCCAUGGACUACCACAAGCUGGAUCUGACUGUGGCGAGGACCAUGGGUGACCGGCUGGGUGUGGCCAAGGCGUCAGGCAACUUGGGCAAUACGCUGAAGGUGAUGGGCAAGUUCAAGGAGGCCAUCUGCUGCUGUGAACGCCACCUGUCCAUAUCUCAGGAGCUGGAGGACAAGGUUGGGGAGGGCCGGGCGCUGUACAACCUGGGCAAUGUGUACCAUGCGCAGGGGAAGCACCUGGGCCGCAUUGGACCCCAGGAGCCGGGCGGGUUCAGCGAUGAGGUGAAGCAUUGCCUGCAGAAAGCUGUUGAGUAUUAUGCAGCUAAUUUGCGCUUGAUGGAGGAGCUGAAUGACCGGUCUGCCCAAGGGCGAGCAUGUGGCAAUCUUGGCAACACACAUUACCUGUUGGGCAACUUCACUCAGGCCAUCAGCUACCACAGUGAGCGGUUAGCCAUAGCCAAGGAGUUUGGAGACAAGGCUGCCGAGAGGAGAGCACACAGCAACCUUGGAAAUGCCCACAUUUUCCUGGGCAAGUUUGAGACAGCUGCUGAUCACUACAAGAAAACCCUCCAUCUGGCACAGGAGCUUGGUGACCGUGCUGUGGAGGCCCAAGCGUGCUACUCCCUCGGCAACACAUACACUCUGCUGCGGGACUUUGCCAUGGCCAUCCAAUACCACCUGCGCCACCUGGCCAUCGCUGAAGAGCUCAAGGACAAGGUUGGAGAAGGUCGGGCUUGCUGGAGUUUAGGAAAUGCUUACUCUGCCACCAACAACAAUGAGAAGGCUUUGCACUAUGCCACCAGACACCUUGAGAUCUCCAAAGAGAUUGGUGACAAGACUGGCCAGGCUGCCGCCCAGAUGAACCUGAGUGACAUCCGCAAGGUGCUGGGUCUUCCCCCUGCGCCAUUUGAUCAGGACUCAGCAGAGGACAACAAGGCAAGGACAAGGAGGAAGUCUAUGGAAAAUAUGGACCUCCUGAAGAUGACCCCCGAUGCCAAGGGUGUCCUCCGGAAAUACCAAAGCGAGGAUGCCGGCAUUGGCUCUCACUCUUCGGAGGAUGCCCGCCACCCUGUUAACGGCCCCACCUCCUACACCUCUAGUUCUCAUGCUGAUAAAAAUAAAUCCAUCAAUGAGGAAUCCAGCAUGGAUGAUGACAGCUUCUUCGAGUUGCUGUCCAGGUUCCAGAGCAAACGGAUGGAUGACCAACGCUGCACUCUGUCCAUUGACGGGAACAAGGAGAACCAUCCCAAUCAGCAGCAGAAGUCUGACAGGUCAGCAGCUCCUCCUGCCAGUGCCACCACCCAGACCAGAGACCAUGGUGGCUCCCUCUCCUCCACUGGCUCCACAAAUGGCACCACCACACCCUCUGACAGUGGUGCAAGAGUGGACCUUCCUCUUCAAGUACCCAAACUAAAACUUGACAACUGUGGUGUACUGGAGGAACUGAUGGAGAGCAUUGCUGGGAUGCAGAGUCGCCGGAUGGAUGAGCAGAGAGCCUCCCUCCCUCAGCUGCCUGGCCUCAACAACCAGCAAGUCAUACUUCAGCGGCUCUCUGUGGCAGCGAGUGACUCAACACCCCUGCCAGAUGAUAACUUCUUUGACAUGCUGAUGCGAUGUCAGGGUUCCCGCAUUGAGGACCAGAGAAGCUCCCUGCCCAAUGAGAGCUCCCUCACCCACUCCGCCCCUACCGUCCCGGAUGAUGACUUCUUCUCCCUCAUCAUGCGCUUCCAGUCUGGGCGCCUUGAGGACCAGCGCUCCACCAUGCCCCUUGAGGCCGCCAGUAGGAGCACCAGCAAUCACCGCACCACCACGGAUGAAGAGGAGCCACCACCGCCAGCUGCCUCCACCCAGCCAUCCAACACUUCCAAGGAUGGUCUAGUGAGCCGGCUGGUGAAGGGAAGGAAGUGAGCAUGUUUGUUAAGAAAGAUGUUUAUUGAUCUUAUUUUUUUAACUCACACCCUCAGAAAUGCCAUGGUUGGUGUUGUUGAGAGAUCUUUCUUCUAAGAGAUGUAUUUGGAAAUGCUUUUACAAUGCAUAAUCUUAAAAGCUAUUAUUUUUAUCACCACCCACCCACCCCAUGUUUACUCAAUUAGUUAUGAUCUUGAAAGGGGGUCACAUCUUUUGUACUCAGUUCAGAUUGGGAAGUUACCUUGAUGGAGUGCUUUAACUCUCAAAAAUUAAAAGAUAAAUUGUCUCUUAAAUCAGUUCAACAAAAAUCUGUCAUGGAAAUCAUGUGACACCUCACAGGGACUAUGGGAUCAAGACCCCCACUUUCAUUUUGGGUCUUGGUAGAGUUACUGGGAUUUAUUAGAGUUCCUACUUCCCUGCUCUGAGUGUUUUUGGGGAGUCCUUCUUGCAUGGGGCUGUUCAUGCACACUGGAGAGAGUAACGGGAAGGAAGUGUGGACCUUAGUCAGGGGAGGGUGGAGUGCUGAGCCAGACAAAGGGUUAGUUAUAAUUGAAUGCUCCAUGAGGGAGACAUUUGGAAAACUUGAUUUAUUUAGACACAAUUAUUAUUCUCAGUACUGUGUAUAGAAUCUUAAGAUUUUUCAUAUUACUUUUAUAUUUUUGUGGAAGAAAUAUUACAGAGAAUAUUAUGUACAUUAGUUGUAUAUUGUGUAUAAAGUGGUAUGUACUCUAAGUGUGGGUCACUGAACAGAUUGUAUUGGGAAUGAUGCGCACUCUCCAAGGACUCUACAAUUUCAGUACCCAAGCUGGAAAAUCAUCCACAGUAAUAAUUAUAAGAAAAAAGAUAAGAGAGCAGUGAACAGAUAUUUUUUUGGUCCGACAGACUGAAGUGACAGCAAACAAAAUGCUCUUCCAAGGAAGGCAUUCAGAGCAGCAAACAGGAGGGGGGGAAGGAGAAGGCAGUCUCUGUGGCCAUGUACAGUAGUGUUACAAUAAUCUUCAGUACCAUAUCAAGAGGACUGGAAGUACUUCACAGACCCAUGUGUCCCCAAACAGCUCCCACUCCUUCCAUCCUCUCCCAUUUAUGGCUGGACACAAGGAGACUGAUCGAAGGGACACACUGAGCUUGUGCAGUCUCUCAGUGCCCCAUCAUAUCUAUGUACAUGUGCUUUCUUUGUCCUAACUGUAUGCAUGCCACUGAUUGCUCCUGUGCUUGCUGUCAUGUCCUCACCAGCUGAGUGAGUGGCUGCCCCUGUGCUUCUCAACUGACCAACUUUCCCUUCUUUGUGUGUACGUGCCAGUUUUCACCUUCACAGCGGGGUGUCGUCUGUGUGCCCAAAGCAUCCCUUCCUCAGGUGCAAACACUCCGACCACAUUGUUCUUGUCUCGAGUGUGUUCAGCAGCCGCUUCUUCUGACAUUUGUUCCUCCUGACUCCCUGUGAGUAUUAUAAGUAUUAUUGGCACAUUGCCUCAAACAUAUAAUGCUAGUACUAUUUGAAUCAGCUCAUUAUCCAGGUAAUCCACUGUGUACACAAUUUUAUGAGUGUUAAUGGAUGGAAUAUGGUCAGGUUUACCUCCUGUUGCCAGUAGGCCUUGGCCCAAUAUUGGACUGCAGGGUGUGAGCAGUGCUACAGUACAUAAGUUCACCAUUGACAGGAAAAACAGGCUGUGAUUGUAAUUAAGAACGGUAAAAAAAAAAAAAAAGUAAAUAAUGCCUUGAGGAGACAUGAGCUGCCUAGCCACCCCCAGGUGGUGUCAAAGGCAACCCAGUGACUACUGGAUCCUCCAAAUGGAAAUAGUUGCCACCAGAAGAUAUAUAACUAAUACAGCAUAAGAGUAUUUCAAAUGACUGAUGGUAUCACCUCUGCUGUGACAAUCACAUAAGAGAUGAAUAUUUAACCCACUCUGUUUUUUAUUUGUGAAAGUUGAGGUGGAGACUUUUUGGUAGUUUUCAAACUUUUUAUUCCAUCUGGUAACCCCAACCACUCCCUCACCACCCACUGACCUGUGGUGGUGACCUCCUUCCUGUAAGGUGACCUGAUUUUCAAUGUCAUGCAUGUUCUGCUUUUCACAAAUAAUCUGUUUUACUUGGACAUUGUGAAGAUUAUUCAAUUAUUUUGCUGUUUUGUAUGAAAGUAUAUAGUAUUGAGUUCCUGAUUCAUAAUCUGUGUUGUAAGGCAAAUAAUGCAUGUAGGAUUUUGAUCUAUAUUUUCUUCAUAUCUGUCCAUAUUUCUGGGCCCAUAUUCUACAUAGUGCUUAUGGUUGACCAUAGCUAACCAUCACAUCUAACAGAAUUUAUGACCAAUGGUCUUAUGGCCAUCAGAAGUCAUUGGUUAUAUCUCAGUCAAUGUCUGCCACUAGAACACAUGCUCACAAUUUGACAACUUUAAAUUUAAGGAAAGAAAUAGGUUCUUGACAUUAUUUUCUUGGAUUUAAAUUGUUGUGGCUUCAUAUUAUGACUUUUGGGGAAGUUAGUGUAUCUAAUCAAAGGAAAUAUGAUAUACAUGAUAAGAUUAUGGCUGACAGCCUGACACAGGUGGGGUGUGCAAGGCAUCGUUUAUUUGUAUUUAGGAAAACUGAUUAUACUGCUCCUGUCAGUUAUUUAUAACUACUUUAUUGCCUCAAAGAAGGACAUUAUUUGCUCAUAGUUACUAAUAUUUGUUAUAUUUAUAAUAAAAAAUGGCUGGGGAUUGUGUUAUGGUACGUAUGGCCAUGUUGUCAUGAUGUUGGCAUACUUUUGACGGUCAUAAGUGGCGUUAAGACAGGAUGAACUUUGUCAUAGCAUUUUAUGACCGAUAAUUAGAGUUUUGGAUGACCAAAAGAGUAUAUUGACAGAGUCUGAAAUGCACCAUUUUGUUUUGCUAUGACCAAUAGACUUAGCUAUGGCAGUUUGUAGAAUACAACCCCUGACUCUUAUUUCCCUCUUGGGACUCAUUUUCAGGGAUGUAGUUGCACUAUACUACAUCCUUCACACCCAAACAAACCAGAAAUAUAAACUUUUCUAAUUUAGAAGUAUUGUCAUUCACAUAACAGUAUCUAAUAUUACUAUCUUCUCUCAGAAGAGAAGGAAAAUCUUUCACAAAGCCUUGGAAAUUAAUGUUAGCUAUAUAUUCUCAUUAGGCAGAGGUAAGGAAUGAGGCAUUAGCCUUCCAUGUUAAAUGGCAUGUAGUGUCUGUAAACUAUGUGUCAGGACAUGCAAACAUGCCCUGGCUUGCCAUGGCUAGGAUGUUUAUGUAUUUCCACAGCAUGAUAGUAGACAUGACAGUAUGAGAAACAUUGGUGGUGGUAGUGCUGUGGAUAGGUAGGAUAGUUACUUGAAAAUAAAGUCAACAUGUGGCCUCCUUAAUGUUGGAAAAUGGUAAAUUAUUUUGUGUUGAAGUCCAUAUCUGAUUUCAUAUCUCAUUUUCAUUGGGCAGCUUGGCUGAAGCAGCAAAUUUGUCAUUUUCCAUGGCACUGCAUUAAAAUGUGCUAUCUGUUAAAGAUUGAAGAGCACCUUUUUCCUCAAGUGUUUUCAUGGCAUUGUUAUCAUUUAUCUGAGAGAUGCUUGUGUCAGACCGGCAUGUGUAUUUUUUUCUCCUGUGUGUGCUCUUCUGCUUGAUGAACAAUGUGUAGGUUUCCUAAUUUUAUCAGCCUUUUCAUUAACUACCAUAUAAAGUAAGUACACACAGCAAUGCACAUCUUGUGUGGAGCAUUGCUGCUCCACAACAGCCCCUCUGAGCUGUCCUUAAUAUUACCUGUUGCACAUCUUUUCACAUGCUGAUCACAUCCAUGUAAUUUCAUGCACCCGAGUCUGAAUUUUUUUAUCACUGAAAAAUAAAACACAUCGGCAAAAGUUCUCAUUCCUCUAGUGCUGUUCUUCGCAGUUUCUUCUCACAGCCCACAGGAAAACAGACGCAUUCAGUGUAACAUAUUUUUAGACUGGUGAUAUGGCUGACCAAUCACCCAGGCCAGCAGUACAGCAAAACUCCAGCCAUUUCACCUGAUUUCUUUCCUCCCCAUUUAUCCAAAAAUAUCUUGUCACUUUGCUUUGUUCACUAGAGCAGUCCACAGUAUACACUCUGCUUUACCAGAUACACCUUGGCUUCUUCCCACACAAGUGGCAUGGUUCCUUCCAUGUCUGCUUUUCCAUUUAGCAGCCAAGAAACAUCACUUUUUUCAAUCACUGUUAUUUUAGGCUAAAUAAAAUAUCUUUAUCUGCUUUUGUUUUCAAGCAAAUCUGCUUCACCAUCAUUAUUCAAGAAAUGUGUUUCCUUUAGUGUCAGGAAAUCUGGUCACCUUACUGCCUUACUCUCCCAGCAGACUACAGGAUGGUGCACUGCAUGGAAUUUUCUUUUUUAAGAAAAUACUGAGUAAUUGCUUGAUUUAUUACUAAGCAUAGUUUGUAUAUAGAUGUCUCACCUUAAUAUUUACUAAAAGCUAGGUUAGGACAAGGUGUUUGGACAGUAAGGCCAAAGACAUUUAGAAAAUUAGUACUGAUAGGGUCAAAUUCUCCUUGUAGAUGGAACCUUGCAGUUGCUCCUUAGAACCUUGCAUUCUGCUUCAUAAGCUGAUCCUUUUCAAGGCAAUUAAAGUCCUGAGGUGGCUGUGCUAAGCCCUCCCCUCCCUUCACCCUUCACUCAGAGACAUCUGGGACUAAUGAGUCCCCACCUAUGCAUGAGGAUGGCACCUGGUUCAUGAAAAUUUUCAAAAUAAUUUCUUGAGAACAUAUACAUAAUAUUUUGAUAUUUAGACUUGAUUAGGAAUGGGGUGCCAUAGGAGAUACUAGUUCUGUAUCAAGACAAUGGUAAUGAUUUCUGAAUACAUAAGUAAUAUUAUAUUUUUAAGAUUUUCAUUAUAUUUUUCUUCAGAGCAAUUUGCAUAAUUAACCAUUAAAACUACCAACAUGCUUCACCAUCUUGAGUGUUUGCAUGUUAAGUAUGCAGUCCAGCCAAUUGUUUUAUAGCUUACUUUUCUGUGUGUGAGCCAGUAAAGCUGUGUAGUGUGUGCAGGAGGUCAAAGUGCAGAGCUGGAUGUCCUCACCAGUGCUCUCUCUAAAUGCCAAUUUGGAGUCUUCCUCUUGUGUGGCAGGCACAGCAUCCAAACAAAUGGACACUAUGAAGAAAGGUAUUAUUCUGAUGCCAAAUUCCACUGAACUUUGCAAGAGAGCCACUGACAUCAGAGAAAUGUGAUUAUGUGGAUUUUCAGCAUGAAUGUAGAGUUCUACAUACAAUUACAUUUACCUACAAAUUAUGCACUAGUUUUAUAUCAAGAAUAUAUAUGGUCAACAUUUUUUUUUGCAUUGAUAAUAUACAAGUCUCCAUAUUUAUCUAAAAUCUCAAUUAUAUCCUUAAAAAAUAUGUAGAAGAGUAUCCAUCUCAAGUCUUUUGACUUUACAGUAUUUGUUGUUCCUGGUGUGAAGUUCUGUCUGAUUGCUUUUACCUUCCCCAGACACAGUUGGGCCUCACCAGACAAUGUUUGGUAUUUCAGAGAAAAAUAUUUAUUUUCAAAUACCUUAUUCAUCAUGCAUCUUCUCUUCUUGCCUCUCCUCAUAGUCACUUAGUCAAGCUCUUCUUCCCCUCCAGGGCACCACUGCCUGUCAGGUUGUUUCAAGUGUAUAUUAAACUUUAAGCUUCUCUUGUCUUCCACUCCCUCACUGUGUUCAUCUGGGUCAUUAUUGAUUUAGUCAAGUUCUCAAUAGCUUUUAUUGUAGCUUAACUGCUCCCAUGUAUAUGUGUGUGGCUGUGUGUACCUGAGUGCAUGUGUUGAUGAGUGUGUGCAUGCAUGACCCUCAGACACAUAUCAUAGCCUCCUCCUUGAUCUCCACUCACUGCGUGACUAGUACCUUUUGUAUUUUUCUGCCAAGUCAGCCUGCUUUCACUCAUAUUACUUUUAAUUACUCAGUUUCAUUACACUGAAAUUUUCUCUUAUUAUCAACACAGUUUCUUUGCUUGUCAGUUUUGAUUGGUGUUUGCCUCAUUCUAGUGCAUGAGUACCCUGGUACCAUGCAGCAUCCACAUACACACCACCACCUGGUCACUGUAAUGAUACAUCCCAGUCUGAGAUAAAUUCCUUGAGAAUCUCUCGCCCUUCAGCCCAUUGAAACCAAACACUUCAUAUUAGUCACAACUCCGUGUUUCACCUCAGACUAUCUGUGCUUUGCGUGUUCACUUUUGAUGCUACAUAUAUGACGUGUGCCAAAAUUAGAAGUCUAGUUCAAGUAAAAAAAAAACUAUAAGAUGGAAGCAGAAAAUAGCAUUUCUUCUUGCAUAAUAACAUAUUGAUUUGAAGUUUUGAGUAAAUUGUGGUUUUGGCAGAUAUCACCAGACAGGGAGCACAUUUCUCUAACAAUUACAUUAUAACACACACCAUACAACACCACACAUACGUACACAGAGUGAAAAGUUAAAAAUCCCAUCACAUAUGGUAAGUGUGCACAAAGUUCCAAAGAUUAGAAAAAAAUCUAGUUUAAUAAAAAUAAAAAGUAAUCUGCAGCAAUCUCAGCAAUCUUAAUAAGGUCCAAAACACUGUAAUGAUGUAAUACAAAGUCUGCCAGUUAUGUUUUAAGCAAUUUUUUUAAUGGGAUCAAAUGUUUUGCUAUAGAGUACUCUAUUUUCUUUUAAUGUGUACAUGAGAUUUGUAUUGUGUUAAGGUGAUGAGGAGAUAGAAUGUUCUUUAUGAAACAUUUUGUCUUCGUGUUGCCAAAAUAUUGCCAGGAUGACCUGAACAUUGUAGAAUAUUUUGUAGUAUAUCAUACUACAACAUUUACUUUUUGCAGUUUCUGUAAACAGUAACAAAUAAAUUGUGAACCUAAA